AUGCACAGCGUAUCCAAUAGUAGCGUGCUGCAUCAGCAGCUGCAGAUCGCCCAGGCCAAAAUAGUCGCCCUCCAACGAGAAAUCGGCAACCUCGCCAACAAUAAUUACAUCCCUGAAGAGCACGACGACAAUCAACACGACGACGACCAAGACGACGACCACGAACACGACCAUACAGAUGCUCAUAAUAGGCAACACCACAUGUCGGAAGAUGUAGAUGCUAGUAGAACUAUGAUGGUCACCACUGCUACCACAAUCAGCACCAAUAACAGUCCAACUCAUAUCAAUGGUCGAAAGUCUCCUGCUGCAAUAUUACGAGACGACGAUAUAUCCAGUGAGGUCGCUGCUGCUACCGACGAGUUAUUGACUAGGAUACGUGAUCCAAAUGAGCUGCUGCAAGUUCGGCUCGAAUGCAUGAACUCUAUCGCAAAGCUCAUCAAAAAUGUCCACCAAGGUGCUAUUUCUACUCCUGUUCCUGUAAUAGCUAUCCUCAAAAGUUUACGAAUAGCUCUCGUCGAUACCUCAAAGGAUGUCCGAUCCCAUGUAUUCAGAGUCCUACGACAUAUAUCUCUCGAUUCAGACAUGGUGCAAUCCAUGUUAGAUAUACAUCUGGACCUCUUUAUAGUCAGAACCUUGACUCGCGAUCAGCGAUACGAUGCUGAACGGGAGCAAGCUCUGAAACUUAUCAGAGGCUGGAUUGAUGCCCCUGGUGGGGCCGCCAUACUACCUCAAAGUCUGGUUCGAAUGAUGGUAGCUCUUGCCGAGCAGACGGAUGAAAAAUUUAGGACGGUUUGUGCAGAAACCCUUAGUGAAUUAGCAAUCCGAAAUCCUGAACUACUGGCACUAUCGGGAGGCUUUAAAGUCCUCAUCCAAGUCCUGUUGGAAGGACCACCAGAAUUAACAAUGGCAUUAACUUCGGCUGUCAUCCACAUACUGGAUUCUCAAGUAACGAGAAAGUACCUACGUCCUGCGGUAGAGCUAGAAGCUGUGAUAUCACACUUCACGGAUGUAUAUUCCAAAGGCCCGGCUCAUGACGAGAGACUGAACUCUUGCUCAAGAGUUGUUAUCUUCUUGUUGAGAGGGUGGACGGGUCUGCUGUAUAUGUGUAUGGAUGAUAAGAGAGCUAUUAGGACUAUAGUAGAAGCUUUGCGAUUGCCCACUGACGAGACAAGGAGAAUAUUACUGGAAAUGUACUUUGUAAUCUUCCAAGUAGGCCAUCCCCGUAAAUCGUCAGAAUCACCGAAAACUGGCAUACCUGGAACGGACGAUAUACUAUCUCGCCUUGGACCUUCACCUCGUUUCCAUGGCCGUACAAACCUCAUAGACCAAUUCGUAGCAGUCCUACUACUCGUAUUCAUUGAUGCUGGACUACUGGAAGCUCUAGUAGAACUAGCUCAAUGUGGUAGUAAUAAGAUUGUUGUGUCAAAGGCUACGCAGCUUAUAGGAGAGUUGAUUGAUUUGGGAAAUCGGUUGCUUCCUUUACAAUUUGGUGCUAAGAUACAGUCACUGCCGUCUCUCUUCAAGUUGGCAUCCAACUUUCAAGAUCCAUCUCAGAGACAUACGGCUGCCGUCGCUCUAGCUCAUAUCGACAAUAUUCACAUGACCAAGGAUAAGCUUAUAUCUUCGGUGCUGAAUAGUGAAUCUGCGAAUCAGAUUACUGAAGGCCAUCUAGUUUAUGGACGAGUCAUUUCAAACCGAAAUGAAAAAGUACAAAGACAAGUCGAUCAUGUCAAGAUUCGGAUUGGAAUGCAAAUUGAUGAUAUGCAUUUCAAAAAUUUGUUGGCUGAUACUCAGCUCUCAGCAAACGAACAAGGGCUGACCAAAGACUACACAAAGUGGAAUUGGGAUGCCAUACUCGAACUACUACAAGGCCCACUUCUCAAUCCGAAACGUUUAGACGAAGCGACGAAAAACACUAAAUUUAUUAAACGUCUCUUGGCCUUUUACCGACCUCAAAAUCACCAAUUCUCAGAUAUCCGUAAAAACAAGGCCAAUACCAAAUAUGUGAGAAUUGGAUGUGAGCUUCUCAAGACUCUAGUAGCUUCUCCUGAAGGUGUUAGGAUAUUGAGUGAGAAUAAGCUUCUGGAGCAGAUUGCAGAGUGUUUAGCUCAACUGGAUCCGAUACAACAUGCUGCGAUGCCCGGAGAGCACAUGUUUUCCAAAGAAAGGAUGGAGAAGUACUUGACUGGGGAUUACUUUACCAUGUUGGCUACUUUGAGUAAGAGUCAGGACGGCGUCAGGCUUAUGGAACGAUUUAAGUUGUAUACUAUAUAUUACCAUCUGACUGAACUUCGCAGUCGUGAUGAUUUGAUUCGGACCAUCAUUGAGAGUAUGGAUUACAACUUUGAUGGACAUCCUCGUGUUAUACUGUCCAAAGUGAUGACGUCGGCCUAUAAGCACAUUCGAUUAUUUGCGACAAAUCACCUACGGUCAUUGCUGCGUAGUGGUGUAGUAGACUUCUCAGUUUGGGGUGUUCCUCUACUUGUUACCCAGCUGUAUGAUCCUACGCCGGAAGUAUGUGAACGAGCUGUAGCUGUUCUAGAGGAAGCCUGUAACGACAGACAGAAUCUGGAAGCUGCUGUACGAUUACGACCUAGUCUGGAUUCGCUAGGAAUUGUAGCUCGAGACUUGUUCCUCAGCCUAUUGUCGAUACCGAGUGGGUUUGCAUAUUUGAAAGAAGUCGGAUAUGUAGAUCGGGAGAUGGACUACUGGUAUCAAGAAGGGAACGAACUAUACGUCACACUGUUAGAGGUCUCAUUACCUCUAGCUGUAUUUGAUACAUGGAAAUCUCCUGCGCCAUCCACCGAUACAUCACCUGCAAGGAUGGUCAACCCACCAGAUUUGGAACUGGAGGAAAUGGAAGGACUAGCGACAGCACGCCCACAUUUCUAUGGUGAAUUGGCCAAGACCAAGGAGGGAUGUGCCCUGCUACAGGAAAAAAGGCAUUACAAGGAAUUCGCAGGCUUCAUACGGAAGCAUGGAUUUGCUACGUAUCUGGUACCUGCUGACUUGGUUACGCUGAAGGCAAUGCUGUGGGCUAUGGGUAAAAUUGGCUCUUCAAAGCUGGGUUUAGCGUUUUUAAUUGAAGAGGACAUUAUCAAGGUCAUUGUUGAGAUGGCUGAGAAAUGUAGUAUAUUGUCACUUCGAGGAACGGCGUUCUAUAUCAUCGCAUUACUGGCAAGGACUCCAGAAGCUGUUGAAAUUUUGGAAAAGUACGGUUGGGAAGCCGUUUCCCCUCCAACAACCAAUAUCUUGAAUGGGCUUUGUGUGCCUAGAGAUAUUUCAAAGUAUUUAGUGAUUCCGCACUGGUAUUAUAUUGCAUCGUGGCCAAGACAUAUGCUACGAGUGCAAAAAGUAUUGGAAAUGGGUAAUUUUGAUUCUGUUGAAGAGGAGGUUCUCAAGAGCAUUGGGAAUAUGAGUAACCAUAUUUUGGCGAAUAAUGCUUCCAAGUCAUUGUCAAAGUUACGACACGACCAAUCAUCCUAUUUCUCAAAAGUCGAAUUAUACAUGCAAGUGAUGAGAAUGCUGUCAUGCUACCAUUACCGUUUGACAGCACGCAAAUUCUUACAAGAAGUAUUCGAACGAAUAUCCUUCACACCAUCAACGCUCGAAGUGCUUGACUCUCUAGCCCCCUUAUCUCCCUCCCUAAGUCAAGUAUCGAAUAGCGCUGAUGGUGUUGCUGCACCAACAGACGAUUUCUCAGGAGAACAAGAUGGUUGGGACGACGCCAUAUACUCUGCCAACGCCAACAUGAGUCCGAAUAAUAAUAGUGGAAGCGGAGUUGCUAAUAAUGAUGGAACUGGUGCUGCUGCUGUCGCUGUGGUUGGAGGAGCUGAUCAGGGAGGACAGAAGCAGCAAGGUGGUGGUGGUGGAAAGGCAAAUGAUAGACCGUUACCUGCUGAAUCGAAUAGCAAGGAUAAGAAUGAUACGAGGCAGAGUCUGGUACCUCAGAUGACUAUUCGUGGGUUUGUGGUUGCGUAG